UUUAUUUAAAAUAAUCAAAAGUCGAAAGGCACGAUAAAAUGCACAUAAGCAUUUUAUAAGAACAAACAUCUUAUGAAUAUAAUGACUUAUUUGACCAUACAUUUUUUAUUAAGCACUCAAUUGGGUUUGGUAAAAGUAAUGGUGGAGGAAACAUAGAAAUGUUCAAGUUUGUGAUGAAAAAGAUGUCCAGAAGUUUAAAUGUGAAGUUACGGGAAAUCUCUCGUGUUACAAAUUUUCAACUUGAAGUCUAUCGAUCUUUGUAAGAAAUAAACAAAUGGUAUUGGUGAAUGCAGUUUGUCUUUUUCUGGUCUAGAAAGAACAAUAAAAGAUGGCGUAUGAUUAUGUGUUCCAAAAGAUCGGAUCGUUUGGUCGCUACCAGAAGUUAAUUUACUUGUUUCAGACUCUUCCUGUAGUGUUUACAGCAAUACAGACAUACCUGUCCGUCUUCAUAUUAUAUGUCCCAGAUCACAGAUGCGCCAAACCUAACAUCAACGAAACAAAGCUACAUAUGGAAGGCGUCAAUGCAAUUAAUUCUUCGAUGCUGUACUCAAAGUGUGCACGAUAUUUCAACAACCUGACCAUGGAGUCCUUACAUCAGCUGUUUGAUCCAAGGACCGAGAGCUACAAUCAACAUUAUGACUACAAUAACAAGCUUAUGCAUACAAAAUACAUCUCAUUUGAAACUUCUGCUGAUGGUAAUUCCACCAUGCACUCGGCAGAAUGUAAACGCUGGGAGUACGACACAACAGAAUUUGAAAAGACUUUUGUAACCGAGAAUAACCUUGUAUGCAGUAAGAAGUUAUAUCGAACGCACGCUAUUGUGUUUUUUAUGGCUGGUUUUACUGUUGGGUCCCUUUUCAUAGGGAUUUUCUCUGACAGACUUGGUCGAAAAGUUGCUUUCAUAGGAAGCAUUGUGCUGUACGUUGGAUCAAACGUUUCUUUGUCUUUUGCUCAGGAGUUCUGGGAAUUUUCAGCGCUUCGAUUGGUAUCGGGUGUUUCCGUUGGAGGCUUAAUUACUACAUGCUACGUUAUGGACUUAGAGUUGGUUGGACCCGAUAUGAGGAUGUUGGCGGGAAUUGUGUACAUGUUGUUUUGGGGAAUUGGAGCGAUAUUGUUGACAGGAAUGGCGUAUCUCAUUCGUGACUGGAGAAAACUUAACCUUGCUUUGGCUCUACCAACCAUCUUAUUCCUAUUUUAUACCAUUUGUGUACCAGAAUCAACUCGAUGGCUAGUCGUUCGAGGUAAAAGAGAAAAAGCAGAAAAAAUCUUGAGACGAAUUGCAAGAAGAAACAACCGACUUUUUCAAGAACCAAUUCUGUCUGAGGAAGAUGGAGUGGACCGUGCUCCACAAGUGUCAUUUAUAACUCUUUGGUCCCAUCCUAGACUUUUGUGUAACACUGUUGUGUUUUUUUUCAACUGGUUUGUGGUUGCCUUGGUGUUUCUUGGACUCUCGUGGAACGUCAAUAACCUCGCUGGUGAUGUCUUUCUCAAUUUCUUCCUGACGAGCAUCGCAGAAAUAGUGGGUUUCCUCUUGUGCAUCCCCCUUUUGGAUCGUGUUGGCAGGAAGCCGGUAUACGUUGUUUCCCUUUUUACGGGAGGUUUUGCGUUACUGUUGACCAUGGUUCCUGUACUGGUAGGAUCUCAAGAUAUACAAUGGGUGAUGUCCCUACUUUCUCUCGUGGGUAAGGUUGGUUCCUCCGCAGCCUUUGCUACAAUUUUCCUGUACUCUGCAGAACUCUUUCCAACCGUCAUCAGAAACACCGGCUUGGGAAUCGCCAACUUCUGCGCGCGCACCGGUGGAAUGAUUGCCCCUUACAUCCCUGAUGUGAGCCAAAUAGUUAGUGGUGACUUCGGAAGAGUUCUUCCGAUGUGUAUAUUUGGUGGCCUUGCAAUUUUUGCAGGAUUUCUCUCUCUUUUGCUCCCGGAAACAAAUAAACAGGAUCUACCAGAAACUCUCGAAGACGCCGAACGUAUUUGGUUAAAAGGUCGCAGAGAACGAGGUAAAGAUAUUACAGUACCGCCGCCGUCGAACAGCAACACCCAACACGGUGAUUUGAUUCAGAAUCUGAAUGGUGAGACUCAGCAGAGUGUGGAGUUGGAAAUGUUGCAGCCAUUGAAUGGAGAAACAUAGAAAGUCAAGCUGAAAGAAAAAUUUUUUACAGUCUGAUUCUAGAAACAAACGUUUAAAAGAUCAUGUUUUCUUAAUUAUUUUAAUGCAACAAAAUUAUACCCUAUGAACAAGAGGAAAAUCAUAAUAUGCAAAAUGUGUGAAUAUCAAUGCUUUCUAUAAUGGGACAUGUGACUAAGAAGGUAUCCUUUAUUGCAUAAAAAAGUAUCUAACUAAGGAAUACGCUUCAAUUGUAUAGGAUGGCUGUUCGGUGCAUAAUGCAGACAACAUAAUGCGCUGUUAAUCAGUAAAAUUUACUAAACGUAGAAGCCAAAACAGCCACUUCAAUCAAAUUGUUUUGCAAACGAAUGCCUAAUGUUACAAAAACCUCUAUUUGAUUUUUUUUUUUUUUUGGGGGGGGGUAUCAUUUCUUUUUCUUUUCUUUUUUUGAUCAAUUAUUUAUAAUAGAUUUAGUCAACAUUGACACUUAUUAUCCCGUCGCACAAGAUAUAGCAUCGCUUCUGUGCGUGUGUGUGUAUGUAUGCGUCUUCUUCAACAGAAAAUCAUAAGAAAUAUAUAUGGUCCCGUGGCGUUUAUAGGUCAAAGUUGAAUUUGUUUACUAUUUACCGUGAUCCGCAGCAAAUUUAUCCAAGUCUCUAAAAUGACACCCACCUCCUACUUUAGCCCCUCUUUUUCUUUACUUAUUUCUUCAUCAUUUUAUUUAAACACUGAUAAUUUACUUAAAUGAUCUAUGAUCAACAAUUUAUUCAGCCAAUCACCUAAGCCAUACCUUUUUCUGCUCGGCUCAAUCUUAUAUUAACUUAACAUCCGGUGCAAUGAUACACUCACUCCUCAAAUCAAAUGCUUGAUAUUUUUUGGAUUUAGAUCUAGUUUAGGUAAAAUAAACUUUUUGUAGUAAUGGAGGGUUAGUACAAUUUGGUUUCCUCAAUUACAUUUACAUAACCUAAUAUUCCUAUAUAAUGCAUCCCCCAAACAAUAAUUCAUGUGGCGAGGGGAUGCUCCGCUUAGCGGUGCCCUUGCUUACUCUUAUAAAGUAACAAAAACCUACUUUUUCAUAUUAACAAUUGAAUUUUUGCUUCUGCUCAUUAGUUUAUAUAUGAAUCGUUAUGAUUAAAAAAAGUGUCUGAAUUUAAAUGCAUGAAAAUAAUUGUUAUAUUUAUGAAGGACUAAUAAGUUGUCAAAGCUUGUUUCUUAUCCUUUUGAGCAUUCAGUAACAUAUGUUCAAAACAAACCAAAACUCACCAACAUUAGGAGGUUAUGUAAUUAUCGUUAUGAGCUACUAGUUUCGGAGUGAACUUUAUCGCUAUCUGUCUGUUGGUCACUCUGUCCCAAAUUUGUUUUCCAGACAUGCUUUGUUUUUGUUUUAAUUUGAAACUUGCUUUCUAGCUUCAUAAGAAUAAACUUUAGAUCAAGUGUGACUCUCCUUACAUGUUAUCAGCAGGUGUAUAUCAGUAAAUAAUUUAAUUUUAAAAUCUGACUCGAAUUUACGAUCGGGUCAGUGCUACACUCCAGGAAAAUAUUUAUAAUCAGAACUUUUUGUAGCUUCCCAUGUGUACUAUUGAAAUCUAGUGGUAUUUGAUUUUCCUUAAAGUUUAUUCGGUACAUAAAACAGAUUUGGGAUGCGGGUAGGAGACAUUUGUUGCAUUCUCAGAAUGCAUGUUCUUUUUCAGGAAUAAGAGAUACUUCAAUACAAUAGUCACUUGAGCUAUCAAAAAGUGUUUGUACUGUUAAUAUAUAAAUAUACAUCUGUAUUCUCUCUUCAAACAGCCAUAUGAAUAAUAAUAGAUUAAUAAAAGUAAGUGCAUAAUUA